AUGUCUUUAAGUUUAAUUGAUAUAUUUACUUUUUGUAAGUGUACAAUUUCUUCAAGAAAUUUAAUUGAAGGGGAAUGUGUUUUGAAUGGUAAAAAAGUUAUUUUAUGUGGUAAAGUUGAAAAUGAAAAUAGUUCAACGAUUGCUACUAAAAGCUUAGUAUUACGUACAUCAUGUUUAUCAAGUAUGCCACACGAAGUGAAUUGCUCCUUCAAAACAAAACGUGAGCACGGAACUAAAAAAAUAAGCAUAGAAAGCACUUUGUGUACUUAUCCUGCAGGAGCGUCUGAGUGUUGUAAGCACAUUGUUGCAGUUCUCCUAUUCUUAAAUAAGUAA